GUUAGAUUACGGUUUUUUUUACCGUUUUCUGAGAUUGUUGUUUUAGAACGUCUUUUUCAAUAAAUAGCGCUGAGAUUGUUAGGGUGUCUUGACAGGUGGUAAACUCUUGCAUUCUUAUCUUUAUUGAUUGUUAUGAAUGUUAUAAGAGGCUAUCUAAAUUAAUUACAAGUGAUCCAUAUUAAUUCAAUAUUAUGGCAGAUCGCCUAACACAGUUGCAAGACACCAUAAAUCAACAAGCAGAACACUUUUGCAACAGCGUUGGUAUUCUACAACAGUAUUCUACGCCCAGUAAAUUUCCUGGUUUUGAUCGCAUCGGUACCCCGCAGCCACAUCAAUCUCAAGAAGAUUACGCUGCCUUAUUUGCAAAUCUCAUUGCAAGGUGUGCCAAAGAUAUAGAUACAUUAAUAGAGAGUUUGCCGAGCGAAGAAUCAUCACAGGAGUUACAAGUAGCCAGCCUUAGCAGACUCGAACAGGAGAAUCAACAGGCUGGUGAACAAUUAGAGGAAGUAGUAAGACAAGGAGAGACACUUCUUCAACGAAUUCAAGCAGCUCUACAGGAUAUUGCGCAAAGUCAAUUAGAUAUGCAGAAUCCUACAUCGACGACUGUGAUCAAUAUGAAUCUUAGCAGUUCUAAUAUAAAACAAGAAAGCCUCAGUUCUAUAAAUACCGUGUCCUCAAAUAAUACACAUCAAUUGUCAGAUCCUUCACCUAAUUCAAUAAAUCAAUGA